GAGCCAGCAUCAAUACUUGGUAUAAAAGUGGCGCAAGUUGUUCACUCUUCCAUAGACAUCAUUAUCCUGUUACAACGAGAACCACACAGACUUACUCAGACAAUGGCAAUGGUGGCAAUAGUUCUCGCCCUUACUGUCCUGUCGACACAAUCGGUGCGGGCAAUGAGAGCAGUCAGUCAACGAAAUGAGACACAAGAUCAAGUGAAGACCGAAAUCUCAUUUAGCCACUCAGCAGCCUCUUUUCCGGAUGCUGAUGCUGCGCAUGUGUAUGAGCACCACAGCUCUGACAUCCAGUCCGCGAUGAAGUCUACAAGAUGGCCAGAGAACACAGAGGGGGGUAGACAAGAUUCCAACUUGAUGAUGGAGGAGACGCAAGUACGUGAUGGCGGGAGGCAAAAGAGAGCAGCUAUAUUUGCUGCAGCAAUACCCGUCAUAGGGGAAUUCUUCCGCAGUAUCUUUCAGGGUUCAUCAAAUACUCCGGAUUGUAUGACUGAGGCCCAGUUGGAAAGAAAGUUUCAAGAAUACCAGCUGUUGAUGCUGGCAUCAGGAGCCAAGGAAAUCACAGGCGUGUCUGCAGUUGUCCUGUUUAUUGGCACCAGUGCCCUGCACGUGGUGCUGGCGCUCCAGAUGGGAUUCUAAGAGUCUAUGUGGAGGAACAAUGACCGACACAACACUUCAGUCGUAUAUACUUACAAGGCACACCUUUGUACAUAGCAGCAACAUAUUAAUGUCAUCUGUAAAUAUAAAUUAUUUGUAGUGAUUUAAAAGUUUUGAGGUGAUUUACACGUUAUUUAAUGUAAUUUAUUUAUUUAAAUUAUAUGGAGGGAGGUAUAUAGUUUUCACGCUCAAGUUACUGUAAACAGUUACUAUAAACGAUGCACAACGGAACACGGAACUUUUUAGUUCAUGCGAAUUGCCAAUUGUAUCUUGUUAAACAUUGAAAGAUUUCCUUACUUUCGGAAUCGGAAACAGUGAGUGUGUGGUUAUUACUUCAACUGGAUAUCAGUUAUAUACAUCCUGCCCACUACAUCCGGGGGAAAAGGCUGUAGCGUGGUAAUGGUGUUGGCAGAUCAAAUCUUCCAGGAAGAGCGAAUCUGAUCAGAUCUAUUUACAAAUCCUUGCGUCAUUAGAGACGCAUGCCAGAAAUACACAUUGAAACACAUUCUUCCAAUUAUUUGUCCGUGUGUGUAUCUAAAAAAUAACUGAAAAAAAUAAUCAUAUGACUGUUCCUUUCCGUUCGUGAUGUGUGAGAGUAUAGAGUGGGCUUUAGCGGUAUUCCAUCAGUAUAGAACAAAGAACCUUCUUGUAAGGGAAAUCGUUCUGUUUGACCCGCUAAUAUUCAUUCACAGAUAUCUGGAUGUGAUAUAGCUGGAAUAUAUCGGUAUAUCUGACUGCGGCGUAAAAUAAUAUUUUCCUACUCACUCUUGUGACAUCCAACCGCAAUGAUAUCGUCAGUGAAUCUGCUCGCUAGGAGGAAGAUCGCUGAGACUGCUAAUUGUGGGACAAGGAUCUGAUACAUAUUUAUGAUGUCGUCUGUAUCUUUAUACAAACCAUACUUGGCUACAGUUAGCAGCAAGUUGACCAUCUGUACAUGUUGUUUUUUUGUUGUAAAAAAUAAAUAUUGCUUGACAAAA